GCGCAACACACCUCCGCAUCGCAAUGGGAAAAGGCAAGGGCAAGGGCAAAGGCAAAGGCAAGGACAAGAAAGGUGGCAAGGGUCGCGGACGAGGUGACGCUGAAGAAUCCAAGGGCCCUGUGUCCACGGAUCUGCACCUGGCCGCGCGCAAUGGGGACCUGGAGAAGAUCGAUGAAAUGCUUGCUGCUUCGCUGGAGCAGCUGAAUCAGCUGGAUCAGCAUCGCCGCUGUCCGCUGCACAUGGCCGCCUUCUUUGGGAAGGCCGAAGCCGUGGCCAAGUUACUGGAGAAGGGCGCGGAUCCCAUGUUGCAGGCCAUGGAUGGUUUUCUGCCUCUGCACUUUGCGGCGCAAGGAGGGCAUCUGGAAGUGGUGAAGCUUUUAGUCCGCCAGGUCGGGGCCAAAGGACAUGGUGCUGUGAAGAAGCACGUGAAUGCACUAGUGACAAAGGGCAAGAAGUCGGCCCUGCAUUUGGCCCUGUCCAAGGGCCAUGCAGAAUGUGCCCGUUUCUUGGUCAUGAAGGGCAGCAGUUGUGAGGCGAAAACCUCAAAUGGCCAAACCGCUUUCGAGAUGUGCAGCUCUCAGGAGCUUCGAGACGAACUGAUGGGCAAGGCUAAAGUGGCCGCCAAGGAAGCCAAGGAAGCUGAGAGUGAAGAGAAGCCGCCUGCAUCUGCCGACCCCUCAAAGGUAGCAGAGGUAGAGCCGGCGGAGCCUCCAGCUAAGAAGCAAAGAGUGGAAGCAGGUGUGCAGCUUGGACCUGCUGUGGACAGCGCCGUGGCAGAAUCUGUGGAGGAUGCCCCAGGAGGAGUUCCUCAAUGAGUUCUGCUGAUGUCGACCCUUGAAUGCGCCGCCGGGUAUCGCUCGUGCAGGCCUUACUGGCUGAGGGCAAGGAUGCGUCCAGGGCCAGUCGCGGGCACAGCAAGAAAAGUGCCGCAGAUUGAGUGGGGUGUUCAUGAUGGUGCUGAUGACGAUGGGAACAUAUGGGGAAAAA